CAGAGGAGAAGACCACUGCAGUCAGCUCUUGUAGAAACUUUCUACAUUCCCAUUCCUGGUGGAGAUUAUCAACUCACCAUUGUAGAGCAAAUUUUAACAACUGGAUACAGCUGAUGCAACUCUUCUGACUGUCCUUUCUGUGUUUUUGGAAGUAUUUGACCAACAGAACAUGAGGCAUGGAAGAGUUCUAAGGUUAUCAGCUGCUUUGGGCUGAGCAUCAUCAUCUUUGCCCAAGUGGAUUUAGGCUUCCAAGACAGGCCUUCAGACAGUCCAAUGGCAGACCAAAGGAUGGACAUAUCUUCUACAAUUAGUGACUUUAUGUCACCAGACCCUGCUGACUUGAUCUCCAGUUCCCUUAGCACUUCAGGAAUGGACUGUAAUAGGAAAAGAAAGGGAAGCUCAACUGAUUAUCAACUCGAUGGCUUUCCUUUUGAGGAAGGUAUGGAUACAGAUAAAGAUGACCAACAUGGAAGAUUGGAGUACGCAGACCAACAAGGCAGGAUAAAAAAUGCAAGGGAGGCUCACAGUCAGAUCGAGAAGAGGCGCAGGGAUAAGAUGAACAGUUUCAUAGACGAGCUGGCCUCGCUGGUGCCCACGUGCAACGCCAUGUCCCGCAAGCUGGACAAGCUCACCGUGCUCAGGAUGGCUGUGCAGCACAUGAAAACGCUUCGUGGUGCUACAAACCCAUAUACAGAAGCAAACUACAAGCCUGCUUUUCUAUCAGAUGAUGAAUUAAAACAUCUCAUUCUCAGGGCAGCAGAUGGAUUUCUUUUUGUUGUGGGCUGUGACAGAGGAAAGAUACUGUUUGUUUCAGAAUCUGUCUUCAAGAUCCUCAACUACAGUCAGAAUGAUUUGAUUGGUCAAAGUUUAUUUGAUUAUCUCCAUCCUAAAGACAUUGCCAAAGUGAAGGAGCAGCUCUCUUCUUCUGACACCGCGCCACGAGAAAGACUCAUAGAUGCAAAAACCGGACUCCCGGUCAAGACGGACAUCACGCCCGGGCCCUCGCGGCUCUGCUCCGGAGCGCGCCGCUCCUUCUUCUGCAGGAUGAAGUGCAACAGGCCCUCUGUCAAAGUAGAAGACAAGGAUUUCCCUUCAACCUGCUCAAAGAAGAAAGCAGACCGCAAGAGCUUCUGCACGAUCCACAGCACGGGCUACUUGAAAAGCUGGCCUCCCACCAAGAUGGGGCUGGAUGAGGAUAACGAGCCAGAUAACGAGGGCUGCAAUUUAAGCUGCCUGGUUGCCAUCGGGAGGCUCCAUCCCCACGUGGUGCCGCAGCCGGCCAACGGCGAGAUCCGUGUCAAGCCCACGGAGUACGUGUCCCGCCACGCCAUCGACGGCAAGUUCGUCUUUGUGGAUCAGAGGGCAACAGCCAUCCUGGCAUACUUACCCCAGGAACUUCUAGGUACUUCAUGUUACGAGUAUUUUCAUCAAGAUGAUAUAGCACAUCUUGCAGAAUGUCACAGACAAGUUUUGCAGACAAGAGAAAAAAUCACAACUAACUGCUACAAGUUUAAAAUAAAAGAUGGCUCUUUUAUUACGUUGAGGAGUCGCUGGUUCAGUUUCAUGAACCCUUGGACCAAAGAAGUAGAAUACAUUGUCUCCACGAACACGGUGGUUUCCACGGCGGUCCUGGACAGCGGGGAUGCGGCGUUUCCCCAGCUGGCAGCGUCCCCCCACAGCAUGGACAGUGUGCUCCAGGCUGGAGAAGGUGGCCCCAAAAGGACCCAUCCCACUGUGCCUGGAAUUCCAGGUGGAACAAGAGCUGGGGCAGGUAAAAUAGGCAGAAUGAUUGCUGAAGAAAUCAUGGAGAUUCACAGGAUAAGAGGGUCAUCACCUUCCAGCUGUGGCUCGAGUCCCCUGAACAUCACCAGCACCCCCCCGCCCGACACAUCCUCGCCAGGAGGGAAGAAGAUCUUGAAUGGUGGCACUCCAGACAUUUCUUCAGCUGGGCUGCUGUCCGGGCAAAUCCAGGAUAAUUCUGGGUACCCAUAUUCCGACAACUCCUCUAUCCUGGGGGACAACUCCCACAUCGGCAUCGACAUGAUCGACACGGAGCAGGGCUCCAGCAGCCCCAGCAACGACGAGGCGGCCAUGGCCGUCAUCAUGAGCCUGCUGGAGGCCGACGCGGGGCUCGGCGGCCCCGUGGACUUCAGCGACCUGCCCUGGCCCUUGUAAAUGACCCAGCACCCCAACAGCCAAGUGCAUUUACUGGUGGAGCUCUGCAGUCUGUGAAACUCGCGGGACUGAGAGGCUUUUAUGUGGGAACUUCAUAAAAGCUGUGUCAGAAUGCGACUCAUCCUACCAUGUGUAACUUCAGACAAAGUGGAAUAACCUGCUACAGUGUUCUGUGUUGAUUUGGUUAGCUGUGUAUAGCUUGCAAUACUUGUAUAUUUUGGAUUCUGUUGUUUGAAAUUUUUUUUAAAUCACUGUGCAACUCACUGGCAUCAGUGGUAGCUUUUAUAUGCAAAUGACCAUUUCAGAUGUAUGGUGUGUUUUUACACUGCAAAACAGUCCCCAUGUGGAUAUUUCUUAUACUAAUUGUACCAUAAAGCUGUUUAUUCUUUCUUGUAAGAAUCCUUUACUAUAAAUAUUGUUAAAGUGUAAUGUAUUAGACAGUUAAAUAUUUUUAAAAUAAAUGUUUCCCUUGUUCUAAGAUGGAGCAUUUACUUUGAUAAAUAAAUUUGAUAAAACCCUGCUGAAGGUGCAUGCUAGAA